AUGGCGCGAGGACCGACAGUCAAGAGGAGGAGAUUGAGUCCCCCCAGUGACGGGUUGGAGUCCUCUUCCAAAAAGAGGUCCGACUUCUACAGCAAUGGCGACGAAUGGGAUGUUGAGCAAGACUAUGAACGUCGGCCGCGCAAGGCGGAGAAGAAAACCAACGAGCGCACCCGAUUGCCCAUCAAAACCUCCGAGGGGUUUGUCCACAAUAUGGAGGAUAAAGAAGAAGAUGCUGCUGAGGAAACCGACAGCUUCUUGGGCACUGACGACGAUGACGAUGAAGAUGCGUCCGAAGAGAGCGAGCAAGAGGUGGGAGUUGAAGAGAAGAAGCCUAAGAUCCCGGUGAAGGUACAGAUUGCACAGGCAAAGGAGGAACUGGCUCGGAUGGCUACCAUGAUCAACGAGGACCCCGAAGAGAAUACCGCCUUGUUCAAGACCAUGGCCGACAUGGUGGAGAACCCUGACUCGCCCAUCACAGUCAAGAAGCUGGCCCUCGCAUCACAGGCUGCUAUUUACAAAGAUGUUAUUCCUGGAUAUCGAAUUCGACCUAUCACUGAGGAAGAAAUGUCCGGAAAGGUCUCUAAAGAUGUGCGCAAAUUGCGGAAUUUCGAGCAGUCGCUGCUGUCUGGAUACCGGAACUACGUACAAAAGCUGGGUGCCCUGACCAAGCCGGGCAAGAAUGUUUCCGUCGAUCCUGGUCUGAAGAGCAUCGCCAUCAACUGUACCUGCACCAUGCUUCAGUCCGUGCCGCACUUCAACUUCCGCAACGAACUACUGAAGAUCCUUGUGAACCGACUCGCUAGAAGACAGGUAGAUACGGACUUUGUCAAGUGCCGGGAAAGCUUGGAAACUAUUUUCGAGAAGGACAUGGACGGUUUGGUCUCUUUGGAAGCUGUCCGAUUGCUCUCGAAGAUGAUGAAGGCUCGGGACUUCCAGAUCCACGAGACAGUCCUGGAUACCUUCCUCCAUCUUCGUCUCCUGGGUGAAUUUGCGCAAAAGGCCUCCCGAGACAGAGUGGACAGGAAGGAAGAAGAGGCUCCUAUCGGUGGAAAGAAGAAGCAACAACGCGAGUUCCGUACAAAGAAGGAGCGCAAGAUUUUGAAAGAGCGCAAACUGGUUGAAAAGGACAUGAAGCAGGCCGAUGCGCUGGUCUCACACGAGGAAAGAGACAAGAACCAGGCAGAGACGCUCAAGCUUGUCUUUGGUGUUUACUUCCGCAUUCUCAAGCAGCGUAUCCCCAAACUGAUGGGCCCCGUGCUUGAGGGUCUGGCCAAGUACGCCCACCUUAUUAACCAGGAUUUCUUUGGUGAUUUGCUCGAGGCUAUGAAGGACCUCAUUGCCCACGCCGAACGUGAUGAACUGGCGGAAGGAGAAGAGAACGAGGAUGGUGAAGAAAUCACUGGGACACAGGAUUCACAGACCCGCGAUACUCGUCGCGAGGCCCUGCUGUGUACAAUCACUGCAUUCGCCCUGCUGGAAGGACAAGAUGCCAGCAAGGCCGCCUCUACCCUCCACCUAGACCUCGGCUUCUUCGUACAACACCUCUACCGAUCUCUUUACUCCCUCUCCACAAACCCUGAUGUCGAAUUCAAUCCCAACACCUCUCUGCGUCUUGCCGACCCCAACAACGCCGAAGACGAAAGCCAGCUCUCCCAGGCCCGAACAAGGAACAAGGUCAACUUUCAAACGCCAAUGGUCCUGCUCCUUCGCUGCCUCCAUCACACCCUGGUUUCCCGUGCCCACGGAAUGCCACCCCCGUCAGACUCGCCACCUUCUCGAAGCGUCUCAUGA